UUCUUUUAAAUGGAUUUUCAAAUGUUUUCAAAUGGCUAAACCCACUGAGUAUAUUAGUACUCAGCCCUGCAAUUGUUUUCAAAACCUUUUGCAGGUUGAGCGGCAGGUGGUGUUGUGCGAGGCUGAGGGAGGAUGUUGCUGUAGUUCCAUAUAAUAAUUUCUGCUGCCAUAAUAUUCACUUAGGUGGAUAUCUUUUGAGAUUGACUCUUUAAAUAUUCUUAGCCUAAUUAUUAUGAACCCUUUUGGCAAUCGCAUUCUAGCAAUUGAACCUCGCAUAUAUGUAUGUCUAGUAUGAAGUCUUAUCUUGUUGUCUCAGACCUCCGAACUUUUGAUCCUAGUUGGGAAAAUUUCUAUCUUAAUUGUUGUAUUUAUUAUCCUUCAAUUGCGGCACUCCUUUAUUAACAAUGUAUUACCUGAAUCUAAGAACAUAUCACCCAUUUUAUUCUAACAAAGUCUAGCAAAUCCCAUUAAGUAGUCGUUUCUUAUUCUCCCGGGAGUCGGGCUGUUACACAGAUAGUGAAAAGGUAUUUCCCGGUGUUAGUAAAUUGGUCAAGUGCUGAAUUGAGGACGCGCCAGAAAACAGAAGAGCUUGACAAGAAGUUUGGGCAUGGUAAACUACUUGAGCCGAUCGUGCUUCCGUCUGAAUAUGCAACUGCUGAAGAGCAACAUACAGAAGAUCCUGACUUGGACGAAACUGACACGCGUCUUGGAACAAAAAUCAUGGAAAAGGGUCUUUCUAUCGGUAAACAACUGGAGAAUUUGAGGUUGUUGAUUCACAGUGCAUCGGAGGUGGACAAGGAGACACAGUAUUACCACGACUGUGUAGAGGCAGCAUGCAAGAUUACAGGUUUGAUUGUUGAUGUGAAUGGUCCAAAGCCAUGGCGUCGCCCUAGAGAUAUGCACCCGGAGGACGACCCUUUUUUUUACUUGGAUGAAGUCCAUAAUUCAGUGGAUGCAGCAUGUGAUAAAGUGCAGCAGGAGAAGCGGAAAGAGCGUGUAUCGACUGAUGAUAUACCAAGCUUUGACCUUCACGGUGUGGAUGGAGUUUUGACAGUAAAUAGUGAGGUAAACAUUGGAUGUGGUGGUGAGGGAUCAUCGAUGAGAAAUAAUAAUGACUUCAGAAAGAAAGCCAAUGAAAAUGUUGUGAAUGGAAUGGAAUUUGCUGAAAUUGGAAAAGGACCAGACAAGGAGACAAAUGAACAGACUGUACAUGGCGUGUCUGCGGAUGGAACAACAAAAGCAGAUGAUGGAGCCGGUGUUGUCGCUAAUACGUCUGCUCAGCGUAUUGCUGAUCCUGUUGUUCAGCAAUCUGAUCCGCAAAAAGAGAUGGUUGUGGAAAAAAAUUCUGGAGAUGCGAUUGAUGUUGGAGGUGCUGCUAAGGAUGGGGAAGAGGGUAUUGUGGCAGCGGCCAUUAGAGGUGAGGCAACCAAACCAGUUGAUAAAGUACUGGUUCGGAGGUCAGUUAGGGUGAGAGGUGGCCCGAUGAACACACCCACUGUUGGACAGAAGGAUGGGGUUGGAGGACAGGACUUGAAUUAUCGGAAGGCAACUCGGUUGCCUUUGGGAAAUAUUGAUGCAAACAUUCCCGGACAAGCUACGAAAAAUGGAAAGACACCGAUGAAGUCCUUGUUAAAAAAAACAUCGAAAUUCAGGUCGCCUUUCUUACAAAGGGAAAUUUCAACCUCAAAACAACUUACCACACAGGAGAAGGAAGUUGGGGUUUAUGCAUUGUGUGCAAAUGAAGAUAAAAUGGAUGAGAUACUAUUUAGAUUUAGGGGCGUGGAUCUACGGAGGCGUGAUACGCAAUCUCUUAAAAGAGGUAGUGUGGUUGAAGCAUCAAUAAUCAACGCAUGGUCGGUAGUUUUGAAUGGGCAAGAACAAUAUCGAUCUACAACAUCACCUACUCGUUUCUUUGCCAUAAUGGACCAUAUCGAUCUACAACAUCACCUACUCGUUUCUUUGCCAUAA